AUGUGCCACGAAAGAGUUUUCAAAAUGUUUACUCUCUUACGAAAUCGACAAGCCACAGCUGUAUUCACUUCAUUUAGAGCUUCACUAAUUAGUCGUAUAUCCCUCCCGUCCCAACUUCUUCGAGCUAAAAUGUCCACCACAACUCCAGCUAGACCAAUUGUUAUUUCCGGUCCAUCAGGUACGGGUAAAUCAACUUUACUAAAGAGACUUUUUGUUGAGUAUCCAAAUAAAUUUGGAUUUUCAGUUUCAAACACUACUAGAAAACCAAGAGAAGGUGAAGUCAAUGGUAAGGAUUAUCAUUUUUGUACUGUUGAAGAGUUCAAAAAGUUAAUCGACGAAGCAAAGUUUAUUGAAUGGGCACAAUUUUCUGGUAACUACUAUGGAACCACUAUCAAGGCUGUUAAAGAUGUUGCUGACCUGGGAAAGAUCUGCUUGUUGGAUAUUGAUAUGCAAGGUGUUAAGUCUGUUAAACAAACUGACUUGAAUGCAAGAUACCUUUUCAUCAGCCCUCCUUCCAUUGAAGAGUUGAGAAGCCGAUUAGAAGGAAGAGGUACCGAGAGUAAAGAGAGCUUGGAAAAAAGAAUUGCUGCCGCUGAAGGUGAACUUGCGUAUGCAAACACUGGGGCUCAUGAUUUAAUAAUAGUGAAUGAUGACUUGGAUAAAGCUUAUACUGAGUUCAAGAAGUUCAUUUUGGAGGAAUAG